CCUGCUUUGUAUCCCUGGUUCAUGUGUCUGGGUGGAAUGGGAUAGGGCCAUAGGGCCGGUCGUUCUGGGUUGUAAUGACCUUGUUAGUGUGCUGCUGACCGGACUGCUGGUACUGAGUACUGCUUUGAUGGACAGCCAACUGGCUGUGCUUCGGCUACAGCCACGUCAGUGAAUUGUUAGACAUGUACAGUGCAGAAACUUCUCUUUCUCUCACCUUCUCUCUCUUUCACAGACACACACACACACACACACACACACACAAUGUGGAGCUGUCCCUGAGGCAUACACAGAUGGACUGACAGGGAGUGCCUUGCAUUCUGUUUCAUUCAACACAUUGUCAUCAUUAAUGAGAGAUGGCACAAUUGCGCUGUGCCGUCAGGGGUGUGAAGUCCAUUCAACGGUCUGACUGACCAGGCAAUGAAAGGAAGGAUAUUGCACGGGUCUUCCUGUUGGCUUGUCGUCACAUGGUCUUGAUCAUAGGGCUGACGGAAACUGAUCUACACCGAGCUGAAGCCAGCCUGAUACCCUCUUAACAGGAGGCAAGAUAACAUAUGGCCUGUCAAACGAACCACUGCUCUUGUAGUUCCUCCUGUGCAAUUCAAAUUAAUUGAGUUCAUCUUCCGAGGACUCUCACGGGAGCCGUUUUGACACACCGUUUUGGAGAGUAACAAAAGAUGCAUAGACGCGUGCCGAAUAGCCAAAUGAUCAGAGUCCUCCGGAAGAGUCAUUUGUGAUGUGGAAAUGGAAUUGGCUGCUGUCAUCCUUACCAUCCUUACCAAGCGAGUGUGUUUUUCUUUUCCCGGGCGCUGUUCUCUAGAUUAUAAUAAAGUCCUGUGAUCUCGAUCACUUGAAAGGGAUUCCAAACUGCGGGAAGAAUGCCUGUGUUUACAGCAGGAUGGAAUGGUUACAUGAGUCUAAUUGGCUCGGAUAUAAAGCGCUUUAUGUGUCCCUCCGUGAGUUUGGACAGGAACGGCAGCAGUUACCAGAAGUCUCCUGUGUUCCGGGUUUUCUCCCCUCCAGGCAGAAUGAGCUCCUCACCCCACGGUUCCCAUGUUUCUGGGUCUCGCGCCUCCAUCGACAUCCUGGAGGAGCUACAGGUCAUUGCUGCCCAGAACCUGGAGAAGCUGGACAUGAACAAAUACUACGAGGUCAUCAGAGAGCUGGGCAAGGGCACCUACGGGAAGGUGGACCUCGUUAUCCACAAGAUCAGAGGCACAAAGAUGGCUCUUAAGUUCUUGAGGAAGAAAACAACCAAGCUGAAGUCAUUCUUGAGGGAGUACAGCAUCUCUCUUUAUCUGUCUCCCUGUCCCUUCAUCAUCAACAUGUUCGGCAUUGCCUUCGAAACAGAGGAGUACUACAUCUUCGCUCAAGAGUAUGCCCUAGCUGGAGACCUGUUCGACAUCAUUCCCCCUCAGAUUGGGCUUCCAGAGACUGUGGCAAAGCGUUGUGUUCACCAGGUGGCCAUUGCCCUGGACUACCUGCACUGUAAGAAGCUAGUCCACAGGGACAUCAAGCCGGAGAACAUCCUCAUCUUUGACAAAGAGUGCCGCAAGGUCAAGCUGUCGGACUUCGGCAUGACACGGCGUGCCGGCUCCCCGGUGAAGCGCGUCAGCGGCACCAUACCAUACACCGCCCCUGAGCUGUGCGACGCCUCACGCCACGAGGGCUUCCGUGUUGACUACAGCACGGACGUGUGGGCCUUCGGCGUCCUUCUUUUUUGCAUGCUCACCGGCAACUUCCCCUGGGAGAAGGCCCUGCCUUCGGACGCCUUCUACCAGGAGUUUGUGCGCUGGCAGUGGCGCCGGACGGGCACGGUGCCGUCUCAGUGGCGCCGCUUCACAGACGAGGCGCUGCGCAUGUUCCGCAGACUCUUGUCCGUCGAGCAGGAGCGCCGCUGUUCCGUCAAGGAAGUGUUCAGCUUCUUUAACCACCACUGGAUGCUGGACAGUGACACCGGUGGCAGCAGCGCCGCGGACGGAGGGUCGGGAGGGGGCGAGACGCAGGUGGAGCUGAGCUCGUCGUCGUCCGAGGAGGACGUGCUGGUGGACAGGCUGAAGCAGCAGAGCCUGAUGGAGCCGAUGGGGGGACACUACUCCUCCGUGUCCACCUCCACCGGCUCCCCCUCCUCCACAGGCAGCUACGAACGUGUCUCCCGUGACAACGGGGGAGGCGGGCGCAUCUUGGUGGCUACGCCCAUUGAGAUCUGUGUCUAGGGGCUGUUGGUUUCCAGGCUGCUCGCGCUUACAUUGACAUCCUGGAUGAAUACCCAGAUAAUGAUGAUAUUACAGAAAAAAGUGUUCCUGAGUGGACAGUCCAGAAACAUCCUCGCUGGUUUGAAGGAGGUGAUUGUUUCACUGUGAAUUCUGACAAACGUUCACUCUGAGGGAAUGGCGGACACAGCCCUAGCCAGUAAUAACUACCGAACAUGUUGAAUGUGUAGGCGUCUGCGGGCAUUUAUCAUGUACUGAGUUAUGUUCAGAUUGUAUAACAACAUAGGAAAGAGACCAUAAACAACUGGAGGACAAAACAAGCUUUUACAGAAGAAAAACCUACUGUAUGACUUGGAGCUGGUCAGACCAUUUAUUUUAAGCAAUAAGUUCCAAUUACCUUCCUACGUAACAUGCACUCUACAUAGAUAAAUGACACGCUGAAGGGAAAAGACUGCUAUAUUGACAAUGCUGUAAUGGCAUCAGUGAAAGACCAGUGUAAAUACUUUUACCAUACUACCAAGUAAGUGAAUGGUACUACAGUGAAUGUAUACCCUAAUGGGCUGUGGAUAUGAGAACUUGAUGUAGUUUGGUUAAUGUCAUGUAUUUGUCUUACACACUGUUGCUAUUUAUUUUUUAUAAAGUAGCAUCUGUGAUUGAUUUGACUUAUUUUUCAUGGUUUGCCAGUGUUUUAUUGUUAGUACGAAAUAGGCAGCCAUUCUGGCAAGUAUAACCACACGUUCCCAUCCCCCAUAGCAAAGUCUCUUGGUUCCAAGGAGUUGUUUUUCAUCUUAUGUGAAUGUUUUAAUGUUGGCCAUAACCACUUUAGCAGUAGCUAUAGUGCAAGCCUUAGAGUUUAGUUUGUCUUUCUGCCCAGACCUGGCACACCAUUGCAAUCAUGCAGUAAAUGAUGAGAACACCAAGGCUGGAUAUGAAUUGCAGUACAAAGAACUGUUAGUAACUUAACUUUUGCCACUGUAGUUUUACAUUAUUGACUGUUGUGUCAUGUCCACACGAGGAACAGAUGUCGGUGUUUUAUGUGUUGGGGUUUUUUAAGGGGUGAUUCAUUUGGUUUUCUCAGGAUGACCAUUUAUUCCAUCUAAUUUUGUUAUUCCCAUAUGAAAACUUGGACAAUAAAUGUUACUGGAGUUGUAUACUGUAAUAUGGCCAGUAGGCUUACACACCAUGUCAUCUCUGGGAUAAUUGUAAAUUUUUAAAUUCCAGAUACUGACCCUAAAUAUUCUCUGGGCCCAUUACAUUCCUGACUUAUUGUAAUAAAACAUAAUCUUUAA